UCGGAGCUGCGGGUUUCGGGAAGGCCUGAGCCGCGGCGCCAGGGCCCGGGCCGAGGUGGGGGCGGGCGGGCUGACGGGAAACAGCCGCUCCCGCGAACACCUUCUCCGCCCUCCGCCAGCCGCACGGAGCCAUGUUCUUCACCUGCGGCCCCAACGAGGCCAUGGUGGUCUCCGGCUUCUGCCGGAGCCCCCCGGUCAUGGUGGCCGGUGGCCGCGUCUUCGUCCUGCCCUGCAUCCAGCAGAUCCAGAGGAUCUCUCUCAACACCCUGACCCUCAACGUCAAGAGUGAGAAGGUUUACACGCGCCACGGGGUCCCCAUCUCCGUCACCGGCAUCGCCCAGGUGAAGAUCCAGGGGCAGAACAAAGAGAUGCUGGCGGCCGCCUGCCAGAUGUUCCUGGGGAAGACGGAGGCCGAGAUCGCCCACAUCGCGCUGGAGACACUGGAGGGCCACCAGCGGGCCAUCAUGGCCCACAUGACUGUGGAGGAGAUCUACAAGGACAGGCAGAAGUUCUCGGAGCAGGUGUUCAAGGUGGCCUCCUCGGACCUGGUGAAUAUGGGCAUCAGUGUGGUCAGCUAUACCCUGAAGGACAUCCACGACGACCAGGACUACCUGCACUCCCUGGGGAAGGCUCGGACCGCCCAGGUCCAAAAGGAUGCGCGGAUUGGAGAAGCGGAGGCCAAGCGAGAUGCUGGGAUCCGGGAGGCCAAAGCCAAGCAGGAGAAAGUGUCUGCGCAGUACCUGAGUGAGAUCGAGAUGGCCAAGGCCCAGAGGGACUACGAGCUGAAAAAGGCCACCUACGACAUUGAGGUCAACACCCGCCGUGCCCAGGCCGACCUGGCCUACCAGCUGCAGGUGGCCAAAACGAAGCAGCAGAUCGAGGAGCAGCGGGUGCAGGUGCAGGUGGUGGAGCGGGCGCAGCAGGUGGCCGUGCAGGAGCAGGAGAUCGCCCGCCGCGAGAAGGAGCUGGAGGCCCGCGUGCGGAAGCCGGCCGAGGCCGAGCGCUACCGGCUGGAGCGCCUGGCGGAGGCCGAGAGGUCCCAGCUGAUCAUGCAGGCAGAGGCCGAGGCGGAGGCCGUGAGGAUGCGGGGGGAGGCCGAGGCCUUCGCCAUCGGGGCCCGGGCCCGGGCGGAGGCCGAGCAGAUGGCCAAGAAGGCGGAAGCGUUCCAGCUGUACCAGGAGGCCGCUCAGCUGGACAUGCUGCUGGAGAAGCUGCCCCAGGUGGCAGAGGAGAUCAGUGGUCCCUUGACCUCUACCAAAAAGAUCACGCUGGUGUCCAGCGGCAGUGGGGCCGUGGGGGCGGCCAAGGUGACGGGCGAAGUCCUGGACAUCCUGAGCCACCUGCCCGAGAGCGUGGAGCGGCUCACGGGCAUCAGCAUCUCCCAGGUGAACCACAAGCCUCUGCGAACAGCCUGAGCCUCGCCCUCGCCUGCCUGGCUCCUGGUUCAGGUGCCCGAGUGCCCCGUGUCGCAUGCUUGUCAGAGGCCCCGGAGCACGUCCUGGGCGGGGCACCCCGCCGUCUCUCCUGCCAAAGAGCCGUGCCGUGCCCUGGAGGGGAGGCUGCCCACGGCCACCACCAAGACUGCCAGCCCCCAGGGUCCGAUCAUCCCGCUCCUCCCCGCUUGUUCAGUUUCCUAAUUAAACUCGCCGAGCCUGUGUCAGAUUGUUUUCUGAUGGAGACGGGGGUGGCCGCAGGUUCUCGGUGUGCAAGGUACAUUGCCGCUAAGACCCUUGUGAACAAUUAAGGUGAAACAAAACUCAGUUGAAAUGAACGUUAGAAUACAGCUUGCUUCCAGUCGGCUUUUAGAUGGGAGAAAGUUAUUUGUACACCGAGGGGCUGUAGAAUUAACUCCUCCCAAAAAAACCUUGGUUUAGUCAGGAAGCGUGUUGAUCUGGGAAGAGUGUGAGAAUUGCAUUAGUCCCUGGACUUACUGAAAAUUGGCCAAGGGAAGUGGACUUAGGUUUCAGGGUAACUUGGAGACUUACUUUGUGCAACUUAAAAACACGAGACAGUGCUCGGCGGGGGGCCCGGCGGUUCAGUGUCUCCAUACACCCCAGGGCCCUUCCCCGGAGGAGGCCGAGCCGUCCCACUCUCACAGGAUGUCCCCCCCCCUCCCUCUAGGAACCUAUAAAAAAAUCAUUAAGAACA